UCAUCCUCAUCAUCUCCAUCCCAAUCCCAGCAACAGCCAAAGGAUGAAGCCGCCUCCUUCCCUCACCCUCCCCUUGCUGCUCCUCUUCCUCAUCUUCCGAAGCCCCAACCUCGCCUCCGCCGCCUCCUGCCACCCCGACGACGAGGCCGGCCUCCUCGGCUUCAAGUCCGCCAUCACCGCCGACCCCUCCGGCAUCCUCGCCUCGUGGAAGCCCGGCACCGACUGCUGCGCUUGGCACGGCGUCACCUGCCUGUCCGACGACCGGGUCACCAGCGUCUGGGUGUCCGGCGACCCGGACCGCCCCGCCGCCUACUUGUCCGGCACCAUCUCGCCUUCCCUCUCCAAGCUCCAGGACCUCGACGGCAUUUACCUCCUGGACCUCAGGAACAUCUCGGGCCGCUUCCCCGACCUACUCUUCCGCUUGCCGAAGCUCAAGUUCGUGUACAUCGAGAACAACAAGCUCUCGGGCCAGCUACCGGCAGCCAUCGGGAAGUUAGCCGGGGUCCAGGCGCUGAGCCUGGAGGGGAACGAGUUCACCGGGCCGAUCCCGGGCUCGAUCUCCGAGCUGACACAGCUGACUCAGCUGAAACUCGGCGGGAAUUCCCUCUCCGGAGCCAUCCCCGACGGGAUCCGACGGCUCAAGAACCUGACAGUGCUGAGCCUGGCCCGGAACCGGCUCACCGGACCCGUGCCGGACUAUCUCGGGUCAUUACCCUAUCUCAGAAUCCUCAGACUGUCGAACAACAAAUUAUCCGGCGAGAUUCCGGCGACCGUUUCGGGUCUAGCGCCAACGCUCGCGUAUCUCGAGCUCGGCCACAAUGCUCUGACGGGACAAAUCCCGGAUUUCUUCGGGAACUUCAGAGCGCUCGACACGUUGGACCUGUCGUCGAAUCAGUUCCACGGCGUCGUGCCCAAGAGCUUCGCCAACCUCACCAAGAUCUUCAACCUCGACCUCUCCCGCAACGUCCUCGUCGACCCCUUCCCCCAAAUGUACGUCAAAGGGAUCGAGUCGCUCGAUCUCUCCCACAACCUGUUCAAACUGGGCCAAAUCCCAUCCUGGGUCACCUCCUCGCCGAUCAUAUACUCGCUCAAGCUGGCCAAAUGCGGGAUCAAGAUGCGGAUGGAGGACUGGAAACCGAAGGAGACCUACUUCUACGACUACAUCGACCUGUCGGAGAACCAAAUCUCGGGCAGCCCGGCGGGGCUGCUGAACCGGACCGAGUUCCUGGUGGGCUUCGGGGCGGCGGGCAACAAGCUGAGGUUCGACAUGGGGGCGCUGAGGAUCCCGAAGACGAUGAAACAGCUGGACGUCUCGAGGAACCUCGUGUACGGGCAGGUGCCGGAGGCGGUGUCGAGCUUGGAGAGCCUGAACGUGAGCUACAACCAUCUGUGCGGGAAAAUCCCCGACGCCGCCGGGAAGAAGUUCGCCGCCACGUCGUUCGCGGGGAACGACUGCCUGUGCGGUCCUCCCCUCGGUCCCUGCAAGGGUUAGAACUAGAAGAUUGAUGAA